AUGUGUCUUGAACUGCUCCCAAGUCAUCUUUUAAGCACCCUCAUUAUCCCUGCUAACAAGCACCCACCAAUGAUAUGCAGACUCAUCAAGAAAAGUCGCUCAUCAAAAAUAGAGUUUUGGCGGGAUGGUAUACCUCAAUGGGAAAAGGAAUACUGCACUUUGAUUGGGUCCAUACCAUGGUGGAAGGUAGUAGAUGCCAAGAAUCAUAUGUAUGGUAGUAGUAAUGUAGUCAAUUGGGAUGACUCAGCUGGUGAAGAGGCAUUUCAAAAUGCAAAAAAGCGCUUUUGGGCAGACAUCAACAGCCUCCACUGUGACAUCUCUCUACCUGCUUCAGAUAUUUAUAUUGAUGAAAUAGAUUGGAACCCUUUCAUUGAUCCUGAUAUUGUUAAGGAAGUGGAUCGUGCGUACUUUUCUCCUGAUGAUGAAGGAAAUGACAAGUCGGAGCACAAAAAGAGGAAGACAGAACAUUCAGCUGUAGUUCCUUUAGAUAGACGUAACUUUCUUCCAGAUACUCAUACAAAUCCUUGGGAAUGUGACAAUAUGCAGAGUAGCAGGAAUUCGCAAAAUGAAGAACAGGGCUGGAACCAAGGGAAUAAUCAUAGAGGUUUGGUUAAUGGUAAUGACAACCCCUGGGAACGUGGCAAUACUCAGAGCAAUGUAAGAAUGGAAAUUACUGUAUGGGAAGAUAGUAGGGAUAAGUCAUGGAGAUUGAGCCAGAUGGGAAAAGACAGUCUCUCGAAAAAUUGGGAUGAUGGUGGCAAUCCUUGGCCACAAGACUGUCAGGGUGUUAACCAUGCUAAAGGUAGUAAUAGUUGGGGUGAUCCCUUAAAUAAGUCUUGGGGUUCCAUUCAGCCGAAGAUAAAUUUGUGUGAUGGUGAAAAUUCUUGGGGGUGUGGUCCUAGUCAAUAUAAUGAUGCUUCAACGAAAGAUCGAGGAUGGAAAGAUUGUGGAGGAGAGGAGCGGCGUUGGAAACGGUGUGAUAGUCGUAUUGAUCAGAGAAAUAAUUUGGAUUUUAGGAUAAAAAGUAACGGAUGGGGAACUAGGAAUGACAGUGGCCAGAAGAGGGGACAGUCUCACCAACAAAACUCAAGACUUAAAGGGAGUGAUUGUCAAACAGGUGGAUACUGGAAUGAUUGUGGCCAAAAGAGGGGACAGUCUCACCAAUAUAUUGCCGGCUACCGUUCCGACAAAUGCUUGUAUAGACAUUACUCACUCAAAAUGCCACCUCCCAAGUUCACCUUGUUCUACGGCCACCGCAAGCCCUCCCGCAACCGCCCCACAGUCCGCGGCAACCGCCUCUCUCUCUCCCAACCCAAUCCCAAACCCAUCCCCAUCCCCACUCAAUCCCAGCCCUUCGAUCUCUCUAAAUGGCACCCCCACACCAACCAAUCCCCGCCGUCCACCUCAUCCCCCUCCGCCGCCCCCGUCGUCUCUCUCUCCCACCUCUCCCCCAUCGCCCGCUUCAUCCUCGACGCCUUCCGCAAAAACCGCAACCACUGGGGCCCGCCGGUCGUGGCCGAGCUCCACAAGCUCCGCCGCGUCACCCCCGACCUCGUCGCCGAGGUCCUCAAGGUCCAAAACGACCCCGUUUCGGCCUCCAAGCUGUUCCACUGGGCCGGUAAGCAGAAGGGCUUCAAGCACACCUUCGCAUCCUACAACGCCUUGACUUAUUGCCUGAACCGGGCCCACCGGUUCAGGUCGGCCGAUCAAGUCCCCGACUUGAUGGACUCUCAGGGGAAGCCCCCGACCGAGAAGCAGUUUGAGAUUCUGAUCAGAAUGCACUCUGAUGCCAAUAGAGGUCUCAGGGUUUAUCAUGUCUUUCGGAAAAUGAAGACAUUUGGGGUUAAACCCCGGGUGUUCUUGUACAAUAGGGUGAUGGAUGCAUUGGUCAGGACCGGGCAUUUUGAUUUGGCAUUGUCGGUUUACCACGAUUUUCGGGGUGAUGGGUUGGUGGAGGAGAGUGUUACUUAUAUGAUCUUGAUAAAGGGGAUGUGCAAAUGUGGAAGAGUGGAUGAAAUGUUGCAGCUUUUGGAGAGAAUGAGGGUUUGGGAGGAAAUGAGGAGGGAUAGAGUUGAGGCGGAUGCGAUGGCGUAUGUGACUCUGGUUACGGGGUUGUGUAAAGGAGGCAGGGUGGAGAAGGGGUAUGAGUUGUUUAGGGAGAUGAAGGAGAAGGGCUUCUUGAUUGAUAGAGCGAUUUACGGGGUGCUGGUUGAGGGGUUUGUGGAAGACAGGAAGGUUGGGGCAGCGUGUGAUUUGUUGAAGGAUUUGGUGGCGUCGGGGUAUAGAGCAGAUUUGGGGAUAUAUAAUUCUCUGAUCAAGGGUUUAUGUGAUGUUAAACGGGUUGAUAAGGCAUAUAAGCUUUUCCGAGUUGCAGUUCAAGAGGGUCUUGGGCCAGAUUUUGCAACGGUGAAUCCAAUUAUGGUGUCUUAUGCUGAUAUGAGAAGAAUGGAUAACUUUUGCGACUUGCUUGCACAGAUGGAGAAAUGUGGUCGUCCUGUUAUUGAUGAUCUUUCAAAAUUUUUCUCCAUGUUGACUGAGAAGGAGGAUGGAGUAAUGAUGGCUUUGGAAGUGUUUGAAGAGUUGAAAGUUAAAAGUUAUUAUAGUGUUGCGAUAUACAAUAUCCUUAUUGCUGGCCUCCACAAAUUUGGGAAAGUGAAGAAAGCAUUAUCCCUCUUUGAUGAAAUGAAAUCCUUUAAUUUCCAGCCUGACUCGUCCACUUAUAGCUCCGCGAUUAUAUGUUAUAUGGAAGAAGGGGAUCUCCAUGAAGCUUGUGCCUGUCAUAAUAAGAUAAUUGAGAUGUCUUGUGUUCCUUCUGUAGCUGCCUAUCGCUCUCUUGCUAAAGGGCUUUUCAAUGUUGGAGAGAUUGAUGCAGUUAUGCUGUUAGUCCGGGACUGCUUAGCCAGUGUGACAAGUGGGCCCAUGGCUUUCAAGUACUCUCUUACCGUUCUCAAUGCAUGUAGAUCCAAGAAUGCUGAGAAGGUGAUUGAUGUAAUGAAUGAGAUGAUGCAGCAGGGUUGUCCACCAGAUCAUGUUGUAUACUCUGCUAUAAUCUCUGGCAUGUGUAAGCAUGGCACAAUAGAGGAGGCAAGGAAGGUAUUUUCAAAUUUGAAAGAGCGCAAACUCAUAACAGAAGCCAACAUGAUUUUGUAUGAUGAUAUGUUAAUUGAACACAUGAAGAAGAAGACAGCAGAUCUGAUAGUGUCAGGUUUGAAGUUUUUUGGUUUAGAAUCCAAGUUGAAAGCAAAGGGUUGUAAUCUGCUGUCAGGUUGAAGUUACGAAGCCAGCAUCAAAGUGAAGACAAGCUACAAAAUGCUCCCCAAUGAUAUCUGUUGCAUAGAGUCAGCACAUUUUGGUAAAGCCCGAUUUCCAAUCGACCAUUAUCCUUUUCUGAAAUUCAGAAUGCCUGCCACACGAAAGUGAGUUCCAUAUUUCCAUGUCAUCAUCAAAACUUUAUUAUGGUAAAGGAUCUGAAAACCAUGAAUCGUUGCUGUAUGGCCUGGCAAUUGAAGCUUUACAUAAAUUGGGUUUCUUAGCCAGGAUUUGGUGAACUGUUUAUCUUGUUCAUAUAUCAUGUAUGACGGUUGCAGAUGUUGGACGUGACAAAUACAAUUCAUACAUUUUUUUCUCUUAGGAGGCAGUGUUUCAUGAUACAACAGUGAGACUACAAGAGUAAGUUUGUCUAACUAUACUCCUAGGCUAGUAUAGGAUUGACUAGGCAACCUAUAUACAGAAUGGAAACUAAAGAAAUUCCAUUAGGUGAUCUAACAGGUACUAAUAUUAAUUGUAAUAAUUCCACUUUAAAAAUUUGGGUCACCAGAACUUUUUGAAGUUUGUUUCAGCAGAAUGCAUGUGCAGUUCUUCAGGUUGUUUAAUAUGUUUUUGUGUCGGUGCAUUGGAUGUAUGUUAUCUGAAUUUUGGCAGGUAGUCCAUUUCCAGAAAUAAU